AUGGGGGAGUUCCUCAACCUGCUCAUUCCUGGGAGGUACCUCAGGAGCUCAGCCAUGUCUACAGGCACCACCACAAGAUACCACCCUGAAACUCAGCGUUUCCCUGGGAACUGCACCCUGGACAGGGCCCUGAAUACCAUCGUGGAUGUUUUCCACCGUUACAGCAUCCGGCAGGGUGAAGUUGAUCUCCUCAACUUCAAGGACUUCGAGACCCUGAUGAAGGAGCAGGCACCAAACUUCCUGCAAGUCUGUGACAGGAGCCGGCGUGGUUACCUGAAACAGCUCUUCCAAGAGACAGACAUCAACCAUGACAAGGAGGUGAGCUUUGAGGAGUUCACCAUGGUCCUGGCCAAGGCAGCCCUGGCCACACAGGCAGUGGAGCAGCAGGACCAGGAGAUGCUCGUGGGCGCCCAGGACCAUGUGGUGAUGUGGGUGCACCAGGUCUGCAAGGGUGGGGAUGCUGUGGGGCCAAGUGGUUCUGGCUCCUUGGAGCAGAUCAAGCUUGAGGUUUUAUGGCAGACCUCCCAGACCCAGGAAGCUCUCUCUGAGCUGGAGAGGUCCAUGGAUGUCAUCAUUGAUGUCUUCCACCAGUACUCGAGAAGGGAGGGACACAGGGACACCCUGACCAAGAGGGAGCUGAAGCUCCUGAUUGAGAAGCAGUUGGCCAACUACCUGAAGCAUGUGAAGAGCCAGGCCACCAUUGAUGAGAUCAUGAAGGACCUGGACAUCAACAGGGAUGCUCAGCUCAGCUUCAGUGAAGUGAUGCUGCUGAUCACCAGGGUGACCAUUGCCACCCACGAGCACCUCCAUGAAGUCGAGGACCAGCAGCAGCACCAGCACAAACACCAGCACCACUGA